UAUAAUUGACAGCCCUAAAAUUACCAAAAUACCCUCAUACCCACAGACUAAACAAUAAAAUCCUCCUCAUUCAUCAAACUUUCUCUCAGAAUCUCAACAGAAAGAACCUCUCUCUCCUUAAAAAAUGGGCAACACUCCUCACCGGAGAUCAUCAUCAUCAUCAUCUUACUUUUCCGGCUGUAUUUCGCCGUCGUGUGUUCAAUCUUAUAACCAGUACACACUCAUCAACGACGGCAAACACAACAAUGGCUGUGAUCGAUGGCGUCGGAAGUGGAGAAAGCUGAUCAACACAGUGAUUCGAGAAAGCAAGAAGAGCAUCUAUGGAUCCCCAAAACCUUUGACAUUCCGGUAUGACGCCGUUAGCUACUCGCAGAAUUUCGAUGAAGGAACUCAUCGGUGUGAGUAUUACGAUCAGCACGGACGUCGAUGCUCAAUUGCUCACAGGGCCCACAGUGAUCGUGUCCUGCUCCAGUUUAGCAAUUAGCGGUGAGUGAUGAUUCAAAUGAUGAUGAGUAGACUAAAAAGUGACCAUCGACAAUUCAAUGGUAUUAUAAUUAUUUUUGUUACAUAGAUUUGGUGAAAAGUAAUUAUUUGUUUGAAUUAUAUCAUUAUAAAAGAUUGGGUUGUAAGAAAAAGAAGAAAAUUAAUUUUUCUUUAGUAAUAUAUGA